AUGUCUUUAGAAGAGCUCAAGCAACAACGGGCUAAUAUAAAAAAGAAUAUUUCUCGCAUUAAAAACAUAGUUGAGGCCAGUCUACGACCUGGUGGUAAGGCACUUUCAGUAGCCGAGUACAAAUACCGACUCGGUAUUCUUGAAUCAUAUUUCAAGAAUGUAUUGUCCACACAAACGGACAUCGAGAGGCUGGACUCUGAGGAUGGCGGUCGUGCAGACUUGGAAGAGCUGUAUAUUACAACGAAACUGACUAUUCAGUCGCAGCUUUCCGAGGAUCACAACGCCACACUGUCAGACACAACUUGUGUCAUGCAGGCAAGCUCGAAGCUACCCAAGCUUAAACACCCAUCAUUCAGCGGCAAGUACUCUGAAUAUCAAAAUUUUAUUACGUCCUUCAAACAAAUUAUUGACCGAGAGUUUAGCCUGUCUAAUAUAGAGAAAUUUAACCAUUUGCGCAACUGUCUCCAUGGUCCGGCAUUAGAAACCAUCGACGCGUUUCAAGUCUCCAACGAAAAUUAUUCCAAGGCUUUGGAGAGACUUAAGGCUCGGUAUGAUAACCCAACUCUUAUAUUUUUAGAAAAUAUUUCUUCGCUAUUUGAGCUAGCGUCUAUUCCUAAGCCUAAUGGUGGUCAGUUGAGAAGCCUGAUUGACAAGGCGUCUGCAAUUUACGGCUCGUUAUUGUCAUUGGGAACCGACAGCCAAAUUUCACAAGCCAUGCCAAUUUACUUAAUUUUGCAGAAGGCAUAUGAGGAGACCAACCGUAAGUGGAAGGAGUCUUUGGACUUUAAACGCUACCGAGCUUGGAAGAUUGCACCAAGCAACAGCCACAAAUUACAAAAUUGCGAACGUUUCAAGGCUCUUAGUGUGUCGCAACGCUUUGACCAUGCGAAGAAGAUGGGCCUCUGCAUCAACUGCUUGUCAAAGGGACAUCAAUUAUCGAACUGCGCAUCAACACAUAAGUGCAGAGUUUGCUCUCGUCAACACCAUAGUUUGUUGCAUCGUGGGACCACGCCAGAUUCGUCGAACUCUACUUCGACAUCCGCCGUUCACACACACAUGAACAACUCAUUGUCGGACCAUAUUAUUCUCGCUAUGGUUUUGGUUCGCGACGCUUCCGGAAAUUAUCGUCUUGGCCGAGCUUUGUUGGAUUCCUGCUCACAGGUGAAUUUCAUUACCGACGAGCUUUCGCAGAAGUUGAUGCUUCCACGCUGCAAACACAAUAUUGAGAUACAAAGUAUUGGUAAGUCUUCCACUAAUAUUAAAUAUAAGACUUCCACCAACAUAAAGUCGCAAGCAACUGGGUUCGAGCUACCGCUCACAUUUUGCAUCACGUCGCAUAUUGCUUAUCAGCCUGAACCGGAAAUAGACACAUCCUCUUGGGACAUUCCAUCCAACAUUGUGUUGGCUGACGACCAAUUUAAUAAAUCAAGGAAAAUUGACUUGCUUUUGGGAACAGAAAGUUUUUUCAGUCUACUCUCUGUAGGUCAAAUAAAACUCGGAAAUAAUUUACCUAUUUUACAGAAAACCCUGCUGGGCUGGGUCGUUUCUGGACGCUAUCGUGCGAGCUCUAAUGCUCUAAACACCAAAUGCUUGCUUGCCUGUAAGGACUCUAUAGAUUCAAACAAAGUCGGACGUGUGCACUCCGCUAAUGGCCGGAUUGUAAUCAAAAUUCCAUUCAAGGACGAUCCGGCCUGCUUAGGUGAAUCAUACACUACAGCCUUGCGAAGAUUUAAUGCGCUAGAACGUCGGUUACAACGGUCAUCCAUCCUCAGGACACAGUACGUCGCAUUCAUGGAUGAGUAUGAGAAUCUAGGCCAUAUGCAAGCAGUGCCCAACCCGAAAUUGAACGGACCUCACUACUUUAUUCCCCACCACUGCGUUUUGAAGCCGAAUAGCACAACCACGAAGCUAAGAGUUGUCUUCGACGCAUCUUGUCGAACAACUACGCAGAAAUCGAUAAACGACAUCCAAAUAGUAGGACCUACUAUCCAAAGCGAGCUUGUAAUUCUGUUGCUUCGUUUUCGCUUACAUCGCUUCGCUCUUACAGCAGACAUCGUGAAAAUGUAUAGGCAGGUGCUAGUCAGUGAGGAACAUCGCAAAUUCCAGUAUAUUUUGUGGAGGAGUUCGCCUCAUCAAGAUAUUAAAACAUUUCAGCUCAACACAGUCACGUACGGAAUGGCAGCCGCACCAUACCUCGCAGUACGCAAUCUACAUUACCUAGCCGAUCAAUAUGUGUCGCAAUUCGUCGUUGGGUCAACUGUCGUCAAGUCAUCGUUCUACGUCGACGAUUUGCUGUGUGGUGCUGACUCGCUUGCAGAGCUAUCACGGAUUAAACAUGAGCAGCCACUAAACGGCCGUGUUACAAAAAGGACAAUACUAUACAUCGCAUCAUCGCUCUUCGACCCACUUGGCCUCCUAGCGCCAGUGACCGUCACCGCUAAAAUUUUGCUUCAGGAGCUGUGGUUGCUGAAACUCGAAUGGGACGAAUCGGUUCCCCAAAACCAUCCAGUCGGCUUGGCAAACCUUUGUCAACAACCUUUCGGAUCUCGCCGCAGUUAA